CAGGUGUGGAAGACACUCGAGCACAACUGCCCCGUACUAGCACCGCUAUACACACCGCUCCCCAAGAACGUUAAGCUGAUAUACGAUGGCGAAACUAUCGAUUUGUCACUUCCCUCCGAAGAGGUUGCUGGCUUCUACGCUGCCAUGAUUAAG